AUGCCUCGCGAUCCGCUUGUUGGUCUUGUGGGCAAGCCGUCAAGUGGGAAAUCCACGACAUUAAACAGUUUGACGGACGCUUCUUCUAAAGUUGGAAAUUUCCCUUUCACCACCAUUGACCCUCAGCGAGCCAUCGGAUACCUUCAGAUUGAAUGCGCUUGUCAACGACACAAUGUUUCGGAUCGAUGCCAACCGAACUACGGUGGCUGUCAUGAGGGGCGCCGCUCCGUGCCCAUUGAAUUGUUAGAUGUGGCUGGUCUCGUGCCCGGAGCGCACCAAGGUCGCGGACUAGGCAACAAGUUCUUGGAUGACUUGCGACAUGCCGAUGCUUUGAUUCAUGUGGUGGAUGUGAGCGGGACUACCGAUGCUGAAGGGAAGGCUACUCGGGGCUACGAUCCUUCGGUGGAUAUUGAGUGGCUACGGUCGGAGAUUGUACGCUGGGUGCUUGGUAACUUGAUGGAGAAGUGGGGCUCCAUUAAACGGAGACACAUUGCGACGAAGGCAAAUCCCGUCGACACCCUACAGGGCCAAUUUUCCGGAUACGGAAGUACCUCAACGAUCGUCGCGCGAGUGUUGGACAAGCUCGCUUUGAAAGAACCUCUUGAAGAAUGGUCAGAUGAUACCGUCAAGCUUAUGGUCGAGACCUUCAUCGACGAAAAGUUCCCCACAGUGUUCGCCUUGAACAAGAUCGAUCACCCAGAUGCGGAUAAAAAUAUCAGUAAGAUCGCCAAGAUGCAAGAUCCUCAAAGUAUCGUGCUGUGCUCGGCAAUAUCAGAGGUCUUCCUUCGCCGAUUAGCGAAGCAGCAAUACAUCAAAUACGUCGAAGGCAGCGAGUUCGUGGAUACUAGAGAAGACCUGAUUGAAAUGGGGGAUCCAGAUGGAGGAGGCCUCAAGGAGAUGGACGAGAAAUUGAAAGCCCGUGUUGAGAAUUUAAAAGAUAUGGUUCUGUACCGAUUCGGAUCCACUGGUGUGGUACAGUGUCUGUCUCGAGCAGCAGAGCUUCUGGGUCUCGUUCCCGUCUUCCCAGUGAGGAACGUCGCGACUUUCAGCUCAGGAAACGGGUCUGCGGUAUUCCGCGACUGUGUUCUAGUCAAAAAAAACAGCACAGUUGGUGACGUGGCUCGGAAGGUGAUGGGCGACGUGCCGAUCAGCUACAUUGAAGGUAUCGGCGGCACUCGUGUAUCGGAGGAAGAUAUCGUCGCGGUCGGGAAGCACGAUAUUCUUUCAUUCAAGGUCGGCCGGUAA